AUGUCGAGAUAUGGCUGGUCGCUUAACCGUGAGCAGAGCUCUCCGUACAGCUCCAUGCCGGGCGGAAUCCCUGCUGUGACAGACGACGACUUCAGCUAUAUCACGUCACAAGACUUGGAAGAUCCAUCCGCCUAUCUCGGAACACGACCGGGUGGCUCUCCGCCAGAAGACGAUGUCCUGAUUAUUAAAAACAAAGGCGUAACAUACCCUGCACAUUUCCCAGCAUAUUCUAUCGGAGAUGGCAAGCUGCGUGUGAAAGACGUGCGAGACCGCAUCGGACUAAUGAUGGACUUGUCCGAUCGCGCAAUUCCCCGCAUUAAACUCCUUUACAAAGGUCGCCAGCUCAAAGAAGCAGCCGCGCCUGUGCGGGAUUAUGGAGUCAAGAACAAGAGCGAGUUGAUGGCGGUCCUUGCCGACAUCCGGGACGAAAGCAGCGAGGAGGAAAUGGUUAUUGUCAAUGACACCCAGUCAGGUCGUCGCAAGAACAAGAAGAAGAAGAAGAAGGGGCCCAAGACUGACGGCGACUCUGCUAGCAGUCCCCGCGACAGCACUUCUAAUGUUGACGCAAGCUCCCCAACUCCUGGUGCUGGUCCCAUGAAGAAAAUUAAUGAGCUUGCCAAUGUGUUUAACACGGAAUGGCUACCCCUAUGUGUCAAGUUCAUUUCCUCGCCGCCUUCUGACCUCAAGAAGCGCGAGGACGAGCACAGGAAAUAUUCCGAGUCUAUUCUGCAACACGUUUUGCUGAAGCUAGAUGCCGUGGACUCGGAAGGUAUCCCAGAAGUCAGGAAUAAGAGAAAGGAAUUGGUGAAGAAGGUUCAGGAAACACUCAAGGAUUUGGAUAUAGCGAAAGCUUCCUAG